AACAUCGAACGGAGAAAACGACAAGAAAGAGUUGAAACAGCCAAGCCGAAGAUCGUCUACGAAACGAAAUUCCCCGUUCUCGGAUGCUAUUGUUAAAGAAGUGGUACGUGUGAUGAUGAUUGAUGAUAGACGUCAAAAAGAAGCACUUCAAGCAAAGGGCGACGCUGCUGGACAGGACACCACAAUUGCUGACAUGUUGAUGUGGAAGCACGAAAUUGAAGGAAUCAACCAAAGGGCUGAAUAUUUAAAGAAACAAUGGGGCGAAUACAUGGUAAACGAUCCUAAACAUUACGAGAUGAUUGAUUGGGAAAAGAUUGCAACGGUUGGUUUCGAAGAUAAAAGAAAUGCAGAAGAAUGUCGAUACAGUUGGGAAAAUCAUCUGGCACCGUGGAUCAACACAAACCCUUGGCAAAAAGAUGAACUUCUUCGCCUAAAGGCAAUUAUUCAUUCACUUGAUGUAAUCGAUUUGGCAUACGUUACCGAACAAUUGAGAACAAAAAGAAAUGCAAUUGGAGUGUUCAAGGAAUUCAUACAUCAAAUCUACAAAUGGAAGAUGCAAACGGAA